AUGCUCAAUUUAUUUACAACAUUACAACUAUUAUUAUUUGCGGUCUUCAUUGAUCAUGCAAAAGAACUCGUCGACUCAUCGAUAGUGAUUUUCAACAAAGAAGUAUGCGAAUCAAUCAUUCCGGAUACGCGAGUCAAAAUCUUGCGAGGAGCCGAAAUGCACCAGAACAUUUCAACAGUCGUUGUUUGUAGCAAGAGUUUCCAAGAAAUGUCCGAUGACGAGUUGGACAUCAUUGAGCUGAUUGCGAGAACCGAGCGAACUCUGUUCGUGGUGCAAUUUGGUGAAAGAAAUGAUGAAACUCUCAAUCUUCUAAGCCAGUUUUCAAAUUGUUGGGCGACAACGAAGAUUGAAAAGUUUGAUGACAAUACCGUAUUCAUUUGUAACAAAUAUCAAAUGAAAUCGAAAAUUUCACAACUUCUCAAAUCAGAAAACCAAAUUUUUCCAAUUGAAAUGUCUCAUCGCGCCUCAAACAUUCACUUCUCUUCAUUUUUCGUCAGCGCAGAAAAGAAGUCCAACAAAUAUCGGGUGAAGAAGCCGAAAAUUGAAGAAUCUGAAGAUGACAUUGAGGAAAUUGUUGCAAAAACGAUGGAAUCGAUCGAAAAAAUGAAAUUGGAAGACGACGAUGACGAUGGAAAUGAGUUCGACAAUGAGCAUGACCCGAAGAGAGACCACCGCCUUCAUUGCAAAUAUAGAAAAUCUUGCUAUGAAACUGGAGAACGCGGACUCAUUGAACCAUAUGAUUUCUCGCUUCAUCAUCUGAUUUUCUUCUGGCAAGCUCCGCCAUCACAACAACAUCAUCUACCGCUGACAGAAGAUGCUGAUCAAGAUGGGGUCCCAGAUAGUGAAAAUGACGACAUCGAUCUGGUUGCUCGAAAAUAUGCUUGCAAAUACCGCACUUCGUGCUACAAGCAACAUGAAAUACCACUAUCGGACAAGCAGAAAGAGCGCGAGCGUAGUUUCAUGUCUGCCAAACUUCAAGUUCCUCAAGGAAAGAAAAGAACUCUGAAAGACAUCGCCCACAAGGCGAUGCAUCAAGUAGAAGAACGAACUGACAAAGCAAAACAUCGUCCUGUUCCGAAUUCUGUCAUCGUAGAGAAGAAGCUUCAAGCUGUUGAAGAAGAGCUCACAAGAAAACUUGAUUGCAAGUACAGAAAGUCGUGCUAUGAAACAGGAGAGGUUCCGGAGAUCGCUGAAUACAAUUUGGUUCCCACUUUUUUGCAAUUCAGUGAACGUGAAGAUUCGGAUGAAGAAGAUGACGAGAAAGAGUUCAGCGAGAUGGAAGAAGACGAGAAGAAAUUCUACUGCAAAUACCGAAAAUCAUGCUACGAGACUGGAGAGAAGCCUGACAUCCAGGCUGAAAUCAUCUUGAGCUCGUUCAGUGACAUCUUUGAGAUUCCAGAACAAGUUGAAACUCGAAAGCUCACACUUCAAGAACGUUGCAAGUACAGAAAGUCGUGCUAUGAGACUGGAGUCGUGCCAGAUCUCAACCGGGACGAAGAAUUCAUUGAGAAGAUCGCUGCCAAAGAAGUCAGCAAGGUAGUUCCAUCGACAGUUCAAGAUCUCAAGGCUCUGUGCAAAUACCGAAAGUCUUGUUACGAAGAAGUCGCCGUAUCAUCGACUCCAGAAAUUGUUCAAACCAUCAGGAAGCGUCGUCUCGUCGAAAAAGAGGUCAGGAAGCGAAAAGCCCGAAGACACCGCCGAAUGAAUAAACGUCGUCCCGAUCUUCUCGAGCAACACAUCUUGCAUCAUGCGAGAGCAGGUGAGCCGGUUGAGAAGACCCAGUAUGAGCUGCGACAAAUGGCGGAAUCAAAGGAAGCACGAAAGAAGGAAGGAGUUCCUACUGCAAAAUCCUUCAAAACACAAGUGAAGGAGUCGGCAAAGAAGAUAAAGAAAGAAGCCAAGAAAGAGACGAAGCCCGUUGAAAAAGAAGAGGAAAAGGAGGAAGAACUUGCUCAAACGGUCGAAGCUCAAAUUGUCGAUGAAGAACCCCCGAAGAAAAAGAAGAGUUUGAAAAAGGGUAAACAAGCAAAGAGUGAUGACGAUGAUGAAAAACAAGCAAAAGUGGAGAAGCCAGUUAAGGAAGUUGAGCAAGAUGAAAAAGACGCCGAUAAUAAUGAUGAUAAUGAAAACGGAGACAAGAAGGAAGAACCAUCUAAAAACAGAAAAGACAAACUGAAGAAGAAGAAGGUCGAUGCUGAAGAAAAGGAAGCCGAAUCGCCAAAGAAGCAGGAACAACCAAAAAAGGAAGAAGCAAAAGAAAAAGUAAAAAGCAAGAAGUCAUUGAAGAAGGUGAAGAAAACAGUUGUUGUGACAACACCAGCUCCACCAGUUAUUGAAGAAAAUGAUGACGACGACGACAAGAACGGAAAUAAUGAUCCAGAAGAACCAGAAGAUAAAAAGGAUGAAAAAACAACUAGUGAUGACAAUGAAGAAGUUGAUGAAAAACCAGAGGUAAAAAUUGUUCAAAAGACCGAGAACGAUGGUAAGAAGGAUGAAAAGGACAACGAUGAGGACGACGAUGGCAAUGAGUUCGACAAUGAGCAUGACCCGAAGAGAGACCACCGGCUUCAUUGCAAAUAUAGAAAAUCUUGCUAUGAAACUGGAGAACGCGGACUCAUUGAACCAUAUGAUUUCUCGCUUCAUCAUCUGAUUUUCUUCUGGCAAGCUCCGUCCUCACAACAACAUCACGAUUUCAACAUUCGCGAUUCAGACGGAGAUGGAAUUCCCGAUCAUUUGGAUAAAGAUACUGACAUGGCCAACAGAAAACUUGCCUGCAAAUAUCGAACAUCCUGUUAUGAGACCAGCGACAUUCCAAUAAGUGAGAAGAUUAUCGAAAGAGAAGAGAAACGCACCGAAAAUUCUCCAAAGAAUGAUGAUGAUGAUGAUGAUGACGAUGAUAAAGAGGAUAAGGUCCAUAGUAAGCACACGAUCUCAGAGGAACACGCGUUACUUGAUAAGAAGCUUGGAUGCAAAUACCGCAAGUCUUGCUAUGAGAGUGGAGUGAUUCCGAUUAUUCAACAAUGGAAUGAUGCUCCAACUUUGACCGAAACGAUUGCAUCCACUAAACAAGCUCAAACCCUUUUGGGAUGUAAGUAUAGAAAAUCCUGUUAUCGUGAGAUGGGAAUUAAUACUAAUUCUCAUGGCGAGGAGAUCAUUGAGAAGGAGGAAGAACGAAAACCACCGAUCAAGGAACCUGCAUCACAAGCAAAGACUGAACAAGAAACUUCACAUCAUCACCACAAACACGAAGAUCGUAAGAGCCACAAGAAACAUCAUAAGAAGGUUGAGAAGGAAUCUGAAGAAGACACAGACGAUGAUGACGACAAGGAUGAUGACGAUCAUGAUGAGAAGGUGAAAAACAAGAAGGUCACACAAGAAGCAACACACGAUGACGACGAAGCAAUCAAAGAGCUUCAAUUGAGCGUCGCCGAGAAAUCAAUGUGCAAAUACAGGAAAUCAUGUUACUCCGGUAUAGAACCAAGGUCAACUAAACAAGAUCAUUCAGGAACGAUGGCGAGGAGAGACGGAUCUGGACAAAAAUGCCAUAUUUAUUAUCUGUCUUGCCGCGAAAAAAUGGGUCUUCCGCCGAAAGAAAAGGCGCCGAUUGGACCCAACGGCAAGCGAUUGUGCAGAAAGAAACCACCCCAGAACUGA